UGUGGGUGAAGUGCGGUGGGUUGAGAGUAGGGGAGGAGGCACAGGAACUUCAUAGGGCGGUCACAUAAAAACUGCCAGGAGAACUGGAUGCGGGAUCAGUCGGUGAUGUUCUCCGUUCUCGCCUAUUCCUGGAGCUACAGAGAUCCGCGCUCGCAUUGGACGUUUCUUCUACGUGACGCGGAACUAAUGACCUAAACAUUCCCUUCAGGGUUGGACUUUUGUUAUGUGAGGCGAACUCCGUUGAAAACUCUCAUCAGGAAUACCGUGCGCAUCUCUUCCAAUGGAAAAGGAUCUCACCACAGUUCUUAAACAGCCCUGCAGGACGACGUAACAUUGGCUUGAGGAACUCGUCCUGUAUCACCUCUCAACAAACAUGGACUGUUUUCCCAUGCUUUAUUUUCUGUCGAGACAUCAUGAUUCCUGGUAAUCGAAUGCUGAUGGUUAUUUUAUUAUGCCGAGUCCUACUGGGAGAGAGCAGCUAUGCUAGUCUAAUACCUGAGGAAGGGAAGAAGAAAGUGUCGGCUCAGCACCUGGGUCAGAGUCAUGAACUGCUGCGGGACUUUGAAGCCACGCUGCUGCACAUGUUUGGGCUGCAGAGGCGACCCCGACCCAGCUACUCGGCUGUCGUGCCCCAGUAUCUGCUGGACCUGUAUCGACUGCAGUCAGGGGAGGCGGAAGAGGCCGGAGCCCACGACGUCAGCUUCGAUUAUCCCGAAAGGUCCACCAGUCGAGCAAACACUGUGAGAGGAUUCCAUCAUGAAGAGCACAUGGAAGAGUUGCAGUCAGACGGGUCACAGGAGACUCCGCUGCGCUUCGUCUUCAAUCUCAGCAGCAUCCCCGAGGAGGAACUCAUUUCUACCGCAGAGCUUCGUAUCUACAGGCAACAAAUAGAUGAUGCAAUCUCAGAUCCUCCACACAUGGGAGACGAGGGUCUCCACCGAAUAAACAUAUACGAGGUGCUGAAGCCCCCGCGGGCCGGGCAGCUCAUCACGCAGCUCCUGGACACGCGGCUGGUGCGCCACAACACGUCCGGAUGGGAGAGUUUCGACGUGAGUCCCGCCGUGCUGCGCUGGACCCGCGACAAGCGCUCCAACCACGGCCUCGCCGUGGAGGUCGUGCCCCUGAACCGGAGCCGCCGUCACCAGGACCGGCACGUACGCGUAAGCCGUUCCUUGCAUCCGCUUCCGGAUGAAGACUGGGACCAGCUUCGCCCGCUGCUAGUCACGUUCGGGCACGACGGCAAAAGUCACCCGCUGACGCGGCGCGCGAAGCGCAGCCCCAAGCAAAGAGGCCGAAAGCGCAACCGCAACUGUCGGCGACACGCGCUCUACGUCGACUUCAGCGACGUGGGUUGGAACGACUGGAUCGUGGCGCCGCCCGGAUACCAGGCGUACUACUGUCACGGCGAGUGUCCGUUUCCAUUGGCCGAUCACCUGAACUCCACCAAUCACGCUAUCGUACAGACACUGGUUAACUCGGUCAACACCAAUAUUCCCAAAGCCUGCUGUGUUCCCACCGAGCUCAGUGCAAUUUCUAUGCUGUAUCUGGACGAGACGGACAGGGUGGUGCUGAAAAACUAUCAGGAGAUGGUGGUCGAGGGAUGCGGCUGCCGCUGACCAGAGACACGGCCCACAUUCACACACAAAUAUCCGUAUGUGGACACUUAUUUAUAACUUCUGUGUUGAGAUGUGUGUUUGUCUCAUUUCUUGUCUGAUCGAUCAUAUAUUUUGACAAAAAAGUAUAUAUAAAUAUAUAUUUAUAUCAACAUAAGUAAAAAAAAUUAAAAGUGUCCAUAUUUUAAUUAUAAUGCAGCUGUACAGCUUUCCAUAAUGUAUAUCAGACUGUAUAAGGGUUUUUCUAUGAGCUAGAAGAAUUAGCCACUAAAAGUUUUACUGGUAGUAUUUAUUUCUUUAAUACAAUAUACAUUCACGGAAAUAGAAAUGCGUAGCCAAACGACCCCCUAUUUGAUCAGAACGCAUCGUUUGUGUACUUAAAAUAGAGCACUGUGUGAAAUCCUAGGAAAACUGAUUUUCUACUAUAUCAGUAAAAGGAAUCAGAUGUGUAUUAAUGUUUUGCAUCAGCAUGUAAUUUACAUGUUCCCAAAAUAACUUUGUUGUUAAAUAAAUUGUGAAACAUUCCAACAACAA